AUGAGCAGUAAAGGCCAUUUACCGCCGCGGCGGCGCAGGGUGCACAUCAGAGGAGCAGCGCAUCUGUUGUCGGUGACUGGAGGUUUAAAACGGAAAUAUAUGUGCCCCGCCUGCAUGCAUGCAUGCAUGAGGAGGAAGAAGAAGAAGACGAAGAAGAAGAAGAAGAAGAAGAAGAAGAAGAAGAAGAAGAAGAAGAAGAAGAAGAAGAAGAAGAAGAAGAAGAAGAAGGAGAAAGGGGAGAUGGAAAUGAUUGGAAUCCAGUAA